UCGAAAGUGAUUGCCGUUAACCGAAGUAAAGAGCAAUUGUAUAAAAACGCGAAACUCUUCUGGAAUCCCGCGCUCGCAGUGCAGGCAGACUCGGCCCAGUUCUUCGUCGACUUGGCCGACAGUCUUAAGGGCUUCAAAGUGGACGACCAGUGGAUCAGCACUUUGAGGGAAAGGGAGACCGAAAAGGAGAAGAACGCCAGGACUCAGGCGCAGAACAAUCCGGACGAGCACUUGAAUCCAUUGAAAGUUUUGCAUGAUUUGGACGAAUCGUUGGACGACAACACGAUUAUAGUGGCCGACGGCGGAGACUUCGUUGGUUCAGCUGCUUAUGUGCUGAGACCCCGGGGACCCCUGCGAUGGUUAGAUCCCGGAGCGUUCGGCACGUUAGGAGUGGGCGCGGGCUUUGCAAUUGGCGCUAAGCUGUGCCGACCGGACAUGGAUGUGGUUGUCGUGUUUGGCGACGGAUCGCUCGGU